CCAUGGGGAUUGCACGGAAGCAGCGUGUGCCCUGUUGAAAAAGCUCCCCCUGCGGGGCGGUUUCCGGUGUUGCGAAAGCGGCGGCGAGAAGGCUGCUAAGAUGUCAAGCCAAAAGAAGUGUCCAGACUGUGGCUCCUUGGAAAUUAUAGAGGACUCGCAUUAUGCUCAGAACCAGCUGGUGUGCGCAGACUGUGGCUUCAUUCUGACUGAAGGGCUUCUCACAACCACAUAUACUGAUGAAGAACAUUUACAAGAAGUCACAUAUUCACGGAGUACCGGUCAGAAUGAGCAAACGAGCCGUUGUGUACAGCGAGGAGUCAAACGUGUUCGGGAUCUCUGCAAAGUUCUGCGGCUUCCUUCUCUGUUUGAAGAUACAGCCGUGUCCUAUUACCAGCAGGCAAUCAAACGUCCCUGCUUCAGUUUAGUCAGCUUGGAGAAGAAGGAGAUGCUUGUGGGCUGUUGUGUCUUUGUAACCUGCCGCCAGCACAACUGGCCCCUGACCAUGGGCACAGUCUGCCUGCUACUCUAUGGAGACAAGGAGUUGUUUGCAAAGACCUAUCUACGCUUCCUGAAGGAACUGGCACUGGAUGUGCCUGCUCUCAGCUUGAUGGAUAUGGUGAAAACCCACCUCAACAGCUUCAAGAUUUUCCAGAAUUCACCCAGCGUCCCGACUAAGUUUGUGGAAGAAAAGGAGCAGCUGGUGGCAAGGACUAUCCAGAUGGUGGAACUUGCCAGCGACACGUGGCUAGUGACCGGCCGGCACCCCAUCCCCAUAGUGACAGCAGCAGCCUUCCUGGCAUGGCAGUCUCUCCGGCCUGUCGAUCGCCUCACUUGCACCCUUUCUCAGUUCUGCAAGCUUGCUGGUAUGGAUGCUCCCCGGCCAGCCCACCAGAGACUGAAGGAGCUGCACAACAUCCUCCUGCAAAUGGCUUCUCAGCUGGGCUGGUUGCGAGUGCUGAAAGUGGACCGUCGGAGCGUGGCGAAGUACAUCGGUGACCUGCUGCGGCACCGCCGUGUGCUUCUACAGGCUGCCUUCCGCAUCGUGGAUACUACGGAAGACCGCGACCUAGAAAACUCAGCGGCUGCGCCACUGCAGCUAAUAGAUGAGAGCACCGCAACAGUAGAAGAAGCCUCCCUUUCGGGAGAGAAGCAGACGUUCAGCAAGCGGAAACCUUUGCUCCCACCCUGUGUCUUGAACCCCACAAAGAGGCUACGAACUCCUGAGCUAGGCCUCGAAGAUUCUGCUAUCACCGGGGAUGAGCCCAUUUUAGACAGUGAGAUAGAGCAGUAUAUCCGGACUCCAGAAGAAAAGGAGAUGUUUAUCAAGGCUCAAGCGUGCCUAUGAGCUUGAAGCUGCAAGUGAUUCAGAGGCUUGCAGCCAAUAGCCUCCUGAUCUGAUACAUAUUUUGCUCUAGGAGGCUUAGCUUGAUAAGAAUAGAGUAUACACUUCCAAAGUUAAUGCUUAAUACAUUAUUUCUGGUAAAUGAGCCAUCAUAAGCACUAGAGGAUUGUGAAAAUUUGUGUCCUGGGCUUUUUAGACUUGUUUACCUAUGUACUGUCUGAAACAAAGGGAUGCAUUGGUUGCCAGAUGUGAUCCCCCCCCCCUGCUCUCCUAUCCCACUAAGAAUCUCCCGCAUCCUUCAGGCACGGCUCCUUCCACCCUACUGUGGUAAUAAUUGAAGACAGGUUUGGGUGGCCUGGAUAACUGGUUACUGGUGGGGACCUAGCCUGUGAAAUUAUUUCCCUUCAACUCUGACAAGAGGUAUAGGAAGUGGCCACAUUGCAGUGGUUUGCAUACUGUUUAGGACAACUUUUGGUGUAAAUAUUGGCAGGCUUCCAUACGUAUCUCUGGUGAGUAGUAGUAUCCACCCUUGAAGGCAGUCAGCGAGCUAAAGCAAGAAAUACCUUUUUGAGUUGGCGUUUGACUUGAAUGAGUGUUUUUCUGGUCUGCUUAUGGUCCUCAGUUAGGCAUGGGAGGGUGGAAGAGAAGUGUGAAAAUCUAAUUGCAAGUUGUUUCAGACAUGCAUGCUUUAAACCUAGACCCAGAAGAAAAAGUUUUGUCUUCGCAAGCAUCUCUUUAUAGAACAUGGUAUGGUGGUUCUUGCACAUCAUACCUGUGUCACAAGAUAGGUGGUGGGUCGGUCGCUCUGAUUAAUGGAGCUGCUUAGUUAAUUUUUGUCCCUACAUGCAUGUUGAGAGACAAGCUUGUAUGUCACAAUGACAUAUGUGAUUUGUUCAGUUGCUCAAAUUGUUGACACACAAAUCCAUUUAUUGCUCUGUAACUGUGGCCAAACUCUGUUACUGCCAGAUUUGAUUUUUAAAAAAUAUGACUUUAUGACCAACCAGAUAUUGAACUGUGUGAGGUAUCAAGAGAGCCAGAGGAAUAAGAAAACAAUUGAUAACUUUUUGGAUGUUGCAAAUCUUUAAUAUAUUAAACAAGAAACAUCUGCUAGAAACACUUCAUUUUUAUAAAAUGCAAAAGCCCUAUUAAAUGCUUUCUUUGGCACA